GCAGUCUGCCAGUGACUGUCAUUGUCAGUAAAAAAAUGUAUUUGUUUAUUUAUUUAUUGUAAGAUUAAUAUAAAUUUAAUGAAAUGGAUAAGAUCGGAAUUAAAAAUGAAUUCUUUCCACAAUACGGGACGAUAUCUUAUUGCCACGCAUGUUUAAGCUCAGACAGAAUUCUUUCAACUGUGACUGAAUAUGUCGAUAUCAUCGAUAUCUUUUACAAAAUCCUGGAUAAUCAGAAUAUGAUGCUUCCUAAUGAACUAUACUUAUGCUGGGAAUGUAUAGGAAUGCUAAAGAAAAUAAGGAUGUUCAAAAAGAAGAUUGUAGAAGCCCAGAAGAUACUUCAAUUAUAUUAUACUAAUAAACAGGACCCCUUUCCCCAAUCUCUUUCAAAUCUUGCCCCUCAUAGCACCGACCACCAAAUAUGUUUCACAUAUGAAGAGAAGGAAAUAAAAGUUAUCAAAGAAGAGAUUGACACUUAUGAUGAAUUCGACCACUUUGACAAUGUUAAAGAUGAACCGGAACUCAAUGAGCCAAAUGUUCCAAAUGUUACGGUAUUGGACAAUGUUACGGAAACCGUUACGGAAACAAACGAAUGGAAGGAAUUUAACAUGAAGAGAAUAAUGAAUAGGAAAGCGAAGUAUCGGUUUUUGAAUGCGAAACUGAGGAAACAUAGAAAGUUAUUAGUCAGGAGGAUACCAAUAGAGCUUGGGGCUGUUUUGAAUGGGUUGGAGGAGGAGAGGGGUAGAGAUUCUUUUUUAAAAGAGGAGUAUAAAUGUGUAAGUUGUGUGGCAAUGUGGCAUGAUGAAGAUGGGUUGGUUAAACAUCGGAGGAAGUAUCAUGAUGAGGCGAUUGGACCAUACCAAUGCAAAAUAUGCAAGAUCCGCUGUCCAUCGCGGGACAAGCUUCAAGCGCACCAGACGAAGCACUAUUACCGGAGGGAAUGCAAGGUAUGCCGGCUGCAGUGUAGCUCGCAGCCCGGCAUGGACCGACACCUCGAGCUGCAUGACCGGAUGGUGCGGUGUUUAGCCUGCGAGCUGUGUUUCAAGGAAUGCAAGCACUAUUGCCGGAGGGAAUGCAAGGUGUGCCGGCUGCAGUGUUGCUCGCAGCCCGGCAUGGACCGACACCUCGAGCUGCAUGACCGGAUGGUGCAGUGUUUAGCCUGCGAGCUGUGUUUCAAGAAUGUGCGGUUAUUCUACAACCAUUACAAAGAGUUACACGCGAAGUUCGUGUGCGAUGUUUGCGGAAAAAGAUGCAAGUCGCGCGCCAUCAUUGAGAAACAUCUUAGGUACCACUUCGGCUACGAAUGCCCGUACUGCAAGAAGAAGCUAAAGAACUCCACGUCAUACAAGAACCAUGUCGAAACGCAGCACACAUCUUCCGUCUCGGACAGCUCGUACUGCGUGCAGUGCGACAGGAGAUUCACGAGCGACCGCAUGUACAAGCGGCACCUGCAGAGCAGUGCAGCGCACGCGGCAGAGCGGGACAACACUAGGGCCAAGCGAAAGUACCCCUGCCCAGAGUGUAACAACGUGUAUUCACGGCGCACGUACAUGAACAACCACUACCGACAUGUGCACGCCAAGCAGAGCAAGUACUACUGCGAGGACUGCGACCGGCAUUUCCUGAAUCGCACUCGGUACCUGGACCACAGGCGGUUCCAGCACGAGGGCGCGAAGAGAGACAAGGACAAACUGUGCAAUAUAUGCGGCCGGGGGUUUGCGGCAAACAGGACGCUAGUGAACCACAUCCGGACGCACUCCGGCGAGCGUCCGUUCUCUUGCGAGUACUGCGGCGCCAAGUUCACACAGAAACAUGCCAUGCUGUCACACGUCAAGUAUAUACACCUGAAGAGCAAGCGGAAAGCUAGCUGGCACGAGUAGACACGCGUACCCGGGUACCCGUGUUGACAGAGCUACUACUAGUAAUCACGGCCCAGGUACGACGCGCCAUGCUGCCACACGUCAAGUAUAUACAUCUGAAGAGCAAGCGGAAAGCUAGCUGGCACGAGUAGACACGCGUACCCGGGUACCCGUGUCCGGCAGAGGGUUGCUAGUAAUC